CCAGUAGCUGGAGAAGGUCUUACAAACAACUUAACAACAUUAGGGCCAUUAGUCCUGCCCUUUUCUGAACAAAUCCUAUUUUUGGUGAAUUUCAUUGGGAGAAAGAUUUUUAAAAUGAAGAUAAAACAAUAUGUUCCAGACUUUAAGUUGGCUUUUGAGCACUUUUGUAUACACGCAGGAGGGAGGGCAGUGUUGGAUGAGUUAGAGAAGAGUCUUGAACUUAGUGAGUGGCAUAUGGAACCAUCAAGGAUGACUCUUUAUAGGUUUGGAAACACUUCUAGCAGUUCCUUAUGGUAUGAAUUGGCUUAUACUGAGGCCAAGGGGAGAAUCAAGAAAGGCGAUCGAGCAUGGCAAAUUGCAUUUGGGUCAGGGUUCAAGUGUAAUAGUGUUGUGUGGCGAGCAUUGCGAACCAUUAAUUCAGCAGAUGAGAAGCAUAAUCCUUGGAUAGAUGAGAUUGAUAGCUUCCCUGUUCAUGUGCCUGAAGUGGCACCAAUUGAUUGUUAGAUGCCAUCCUUAAUUUAGUUAAUUAUAGGAAGAACAUUAUUCAUUCAUGUAUGUUAUUAAUUUCUUUUAAGUCUAGAGACAACUUUUUCCGCAAUUUAUUUCACAUAGCUGAUGAUUUAAACCUUUAAGGGUGGUUUUAGAAUCGCAAACUGGAGAGUUUGUGUUGCUAAACCUUUAAAUGGGAUUUCAAAGUCACAAAUGUGGGAGUUUGUGUUCAACAAAUUCAAGAUAGAAUAGUCUGUGGAGUCAGAGCUGCACUUAGUCGUGUUAAUAAGAUCUACAUGAGGUAACUUUAGAUUUAGGGUUUAAAUCUAUUGUAAUCUUUUAUUCUAUCAUAGUAGAUUUGUUUAU